UUGUUUUCUUCCACUUUGAUCCAAACUUUAUUAUUCUGUGGUAAAGUUCAUAUUUUUCCAGGUUCUUCUUAUCCAAAGUUUGUAUAUUUGUUUUUUGGAUUUUGUUCUGUUUCUCAGCUUCUUCACGCUUUCCCCAUAAAAGCCAAUUUCACUCUUCCACGGAAAUUAAAAUUCACAUUUUUUUUCUUCUUCUACCGUGUGAAGUUUCUAGCUACUCUCAAUAGUUUCAAACGUUGACCGAAUUUGUUUUCUUCCUCUUCUCUCUCUCUCGUUUUCAUCGAAGAAUCUGACUUCACAAGUUGGGAUUAUCUUUGAUCGAAAUCCACAGAAGAAGAAGAAGAUCUCCGAUUUCUUACAGGGAAUUGAAAGAUAAACAAAAAAAAAAAAAAAACAAAGAAACAAAAGAAAGAUGGGCUCUUUCAAGGGUCAUGCUUUGCCAGGUACAUUGUUCUUUGUGGUUGGAGUAUGGCACAUUUGGAGCUCAGUGGUUGGAUUCAUAUCGAACCCUAAAUCAUUCCGGGUUCGAGUUUGGCACCCUGUUCCUGGUUUCAACGAUAGGAUCAAGUACUUGGAGCUUUACGUUGUCACCAUUGGCUCAUUCAUUGACUUGUGCAUUGAGUUUCUGUACUCAACUCACCUCAAAUUCUUUGUCAAUGGUGUCUUGAACCCUUCCCACAUGAACGAUUUCGAGCACUCCGGGAUGCUUCUCAUGUUCUUCAUCCUCGGAUUCACCGCUUUGCUCUCCGAGAAAACCAGGUUACUUCCUCUGCCGCAUGAAGCUCUGUGUCUAAUUGCUGCAACAGCUUUUACAGCAGAAUGUCUUCUCUUCUUCUUCCACUCCACAAGCCACAAAGGUCUUGAAGGUUAUUACCAUCUCCUCCUCGUUUUUCUCAUCGGUCUUUGCGUCAUCUCCUCAAUCGCAGGAGCAAUAUGCCCUACAAGCUUCCCAAUAGACCUAUGCAAUGGCAUUGCAAUGACUCUUCAAGGCCUCUGGUUUUAUCAGACAGCUUUCACUCUCUAUGGUCCUAUGAUGCCUCAAGGCUGCAGUCUUAAAGAAAACUCUGUCGUUUGCAGAUCAGUCGAUUCCGAAGUCUCUGGAGAGUUUCUGGCUAAUUUUCAGCUCUUCUCUCUGGUUCUUGCUGUUCUUGUAUGCGUUGUCGGUUCAUAUGUUUUUGCAGCUUCAAGAUCCGGAGUAAGUAGAUGAGAGAAUUAGGAAGUAAAUUUAGGGAUUUUGUUGUUUCUUAUUCUCAUGACUCAUGAUUUUUUUUUUUGAAAAAGAAA